AAGAUGAAGAAAUUUACGCCAGGAGGCGGAGCUGCGCCCAUUGCGCGUAAAAACUCCAACAACAAUGAGCUCUGGCUCUUCCAAGACGAGGACUCCGCGCCUCUGAGUGCCAGUGGCAGCACAGCCUCCGCUCUGUUACGCCAAGGGGAUGCUGCUGGCGGUAGAGGCAGCACAGAGUCAGACCACAGGAGUAGAGCGGACAGAGCCUCAGAGGUAGGCGUGAUAGGAGAGGGAGCCAUCGGUAUGAUAUGCAACAAAAACGGAGAUUGUAGAAGGGACCCGACCAGUUCAGGGAGCCUUUCCUCUCUCAUCUCAAGGCAGGCAGAUGGAGUAGUACCAGCAGCAGAAGACUGCAAGGGGCAGGCUGCGAGCAUGGACGGCUCAGUUACUUCACCAGGGUCCCUGACACAGGGGCCGGGGGCCGAGGUCAAGACAGCGGCAGGGAUGGACAAAAAGGACUCGAGAGUUUCGUUCUCCAAUGCCCCAACUAGUAAAGGACAGACUCCGAGUCAACAAUCGAGAAAUUCUGUCACAUUCACUAAAGCUGAGGAUGGCUCUCAGAUAGUGCCGGAUGAUGGAGACUCGAGGGGGAAUCAGACAUACAUGCAGCGGCAGUUUAGUUCCAUGCUCCAGCCCGGAGUUAACAAGUUCUCCCUGCGCAUGUUUGGCAGCCAGAAGGCAGUGGAAAAAGAGCAAGAGCGCGUAAAGUCAGCGGGUAAUUGGAUUAUCCACCCAUACAGCGACUUCAGGUUCUACUGGGACUUCACCAUGCUGAUGUUCAUGGUGGGCAACCUGAUAAUCAUCCCCGUGGGCAUCACCUUCUUUAAGGACGAGACCACCACGCCCUGGAUCAUCUUCAACGUGGUCUCCGACACCUUCUUUCUCAUGGACUUGGUGCUCAACUUCAGGACGGGUAUUGUGUUUGAGGACAACACUGAGAUCAUCCUUGAUCCUAAAAAGAUUAGGAAGAAGUACUUGAAGAGCUGGUUUGUGGUGGACCUAGUCUCUUCCAUACCUGUGGAUUAUAUCUUCCUCAUCGUGGAGAAAGGGAUUGACUCGGAGGUGUACAAGACGGCCCGGGCGCUCCGCAUCGUUCGGUUCACUAAGAUCCUCAGUCUGCUGCGCCUGCUGAGGUUGUCCAGACUCAUCCGUUACAUCCACCAGUGGGAGGAGAUCUUCCACAUGACCUAUGACCUGGCUAGCGCUGUGAUGCGAAUAUUCAACCUGAUUGGUAUGAUGCUCCUGCUGUGUCACUGGGACGGCUGUCUCCAGUUCCUUGUUCCCAUGCUACAGGACUUUCCAUCGGACUGCUGGGUCUCCCUCAACAAGAUGGUGAAUGACUCAUGGAGCGAGCUCUACUCCUUCGCCCUCUUUAAGGCCAUGAGCCACAUGCUGUGCAUUGGAUAUGGAAGACAAGCCCCAGAGAGUAUGUCGGACAUCUGGCUGACGAUGCUCAGUAUGAUCGUGGGAGCCACCUGCUACGCCAUGUUCAUCGGCCACGCAACUGCACUCAUCCAGUCUUUGGACUCGUCUAGACGACAAUACCAGGAAAAGUACAAACAAGUGGAGCAGUAUAUGUCCUUCCACAAACUACCGGCUGACUUCCGACAGAAAAUCCAUGACUACUACGAGCACAGAUACCAAGGCAAGAUGUUUGAUGAAGAGAGCAUCCUGGAGGAGCUUAAUGAGCCUCUUCGUGAGGAAAUCGUCAACUUCAACUGUCGUAAACUUGUGGCAUCCAUGCCACUGUUUGCCAAUGCUGAUCCCAACUUUGUCACCGCCAUGCUGACCAAACUGAGAUUUGAAGUCUUCCAGCCCGGAGACUACAUCGUCAGAGAAGGUACCAUCGGCAAGAAGAUGUACUUCAUCCAGCACGGGGUGGUCAGCGUCCUGACCAAAGGAAACAUCGGCAUGAAGCUGAUGGACGGCUCCUACUUUGGAGAGAUCUGUCUGCUGACCCGAGGCAGACGGACGGCCAGCGUGCGAGCGGACACCUACUGUCGCCUUUACUCUCUCUCUGUGGAUAAUUUCAACGAGGUGCUGGAGGAGUAUCCCAUGAUGAGGAGGGCCUUCGAGACGGUUGCCAUUGACAGGUUGGACAGGAUAGGCAAGAAGAACUCAAUCCUGAUGCACAAAGUUCAGCAUGAUCUGAACUCAGGUGUUUUCAACAACCGGGAGAAUGAGAUGAUCCAGGAGAUAGUAAAAUAUGAUCGGGAGAUGGUUCAACAGGUGGAUGUACCACGACCACGAGCCAUGUCCAUGACACCUCCUCUACACAGUGGGAUCUUUACUCCUCCAGGUUCCUCCGGCCAGCCUCAGAAUUCAGCAAUUGCGACUCUGCAGCAGGCCGUAGCCAUGAACUUUUGUGCUCCCAUGCAAGGGAGCUCAGUGGGAGCGGGGAACCUGCAGUCUCCAAGGAUGGUGAGGAGAUUCCAGGUGAUACAAAAUGUAUCCAGUCCUGUCUCAGCCUCUCCCCUGCACUCUCAGCUUCUUGCUUCUGGUGCCUUUGCUCCGGUCCUGUCCAGCCCCCCGGUCCACAGCCCACUGGCAGUUGGAGGACGAUCAUUCCAGUAUGGGUCCAAUGCCCUGGCUGGUCCCACCUCAGGCUCCCAGCUUUCUCUAGUUCAGCAGCACAUGGCCAGCCCUGCACACUGGCCCAGCACACAUAAGAGCACCCAUUCCUUGCAAAUGGGUAGUCUGAGCCAAGACGCCAGGGCACUGUCAGCCUCUCAGCCCUCACUGCCUCAUGAGGGGGCACAACCAGGUGCCCCAAGUCCACCCCAGUCUACACGAGUCUCCUCCACUUCCAUUGGACCCCCUCAAACCCCAUCAAGUCACACAGGCGUUCGGAGCGCUAUACCACAUAGGAUGGUACUGCCCCACCAAAUGUCCGUGGGGGCCUUCCCUGUAGCAUCCCUGCCCGGUUCUGUGCAGGGCUCUGGGGCUGGUGCAGGACUGGCAGUAGGGGGUGUGGGAACAGGUCUGGGCGACUCAGGACUACCCAAGAAGGACUCUAUAGUGAGCCUUCCUGAGACAGACCACAUCAAAGUCAGAUCCAGGCUAUCCUCAAACUUGUGA